CCACCACGCAGGCAGCAGUGUUCCAAGAAGAAACGAAAAACGAAAAAAGAACAGAGACGAAGUAUAGCUGCAUCCUGCAUAGGAAGCCAGAUCUCGCUUGCCCCGCGCUGUGACAGCCACCAGAGGAAGAAAGAAGCAGCAGCGGCAGCAGAUCCCGAGAGCGGAGGAGGCGAGGCCAGUGGAGGACGAUGCUGCCGACGACGGCGUCCAAGGGCCGGGGGGCCGCUCGCUCCGCCCCGCCGCUCUUCGGCCCGUAUCUCCGCCGCAUCGUCAAGUGGCAGCAAAUGGAUAUCGAGUACACAUUUUGGCAAAUGGUUCAUCUAUGUACUUCACCAAAAGUAGUCUAUCAGCACACCAAAUAUCACAAGCAAACAAAGAAUCAGUGGGCUAGGGAUGAUCCUGCAUUUGUUGUCAUUCUAAUUCUUUUCCUUGUGUUUGCGACUUCAGCUUACUGUGCAGCGUUUGGAGAGAGUGCCUCCCAUGCUGCUUUAACAAUCACCUCGGUUGUGUUCAUCCAUUUCUUGUUUGCUGGACUAGUUUUGGCUACACUUUGUUGGUUCCUUACAAAUUCUUAUUUGAGGGAGGAGCCUAAUAGCCAUGUGGUUGAACAACGUGUCGAGUGGCUCUAUGCAUUUGAUGUUCACUGCAACUCGUUCUUCCCUGCAUUUGUCAUCCUAUAUGUGCUUCAAUACUUUUUGUCGCCUCUAUUGAUCGCACAUGGCUUUUUUCCUGCUCUGUUAUCAAACCUCCUGUUCAUGGUGGCGAUAUCUUAUUAUCACUAUCUGAACUUUCUAGGAUAUGAUGUUCUUCCAUUUUUGGACAGAACAACAUUUUUCUUGUACCCAAUUGGACUUGUGAUCAUACUAUCGCCACUUAUGAUACUCAUAGGGUUCAAUCCGACGAGAUACUUUUUGAGCUUGUACUUCAGUUAAGAUUGAUACUGUUUAUGGUAAAGUAAAAGAAGACUGCAGCGACAAAACUAAUGGCAAUUGGGAUAUAUACUUUGAAGUAGUAUUUAGAUCUCUUGUGUUAUCAGGGUAGAGCGAGCUUCAGAAAAAGCUCAGAGCAUUCUUGGUGCCUGCGGCAGGGCCAUCAUCACGAGCCUUCUGAACGAAGUCCAUUUUGGUGUCAACUUGUUCAUAUGAUGUGUUGUAUUCCUGAUUUGAGCCCAAUUGACCAGUGUACAAUUUAAUUGCGGAGUACAAAAUCAUAUCACAUUGGGAUCAACAAUGCAUGUCAACUAUCUUCUAGUCAUCGGCAUUUUUCAUGGCAAUAUAUAUGAAACUCUAGCUUGUUACUUUGCA